AUGCUGCCGACGCCGUGGCGUGGCUGGCUGCGCGCUGUCCCGCUUGUGCGGCAUGCGUCCACGACGCCUUUUUACCGGCCACUGCCUGAUCCAGGCGUGGGCUGGCGCGCUGAUGAAGUUGAUGAGGCGCGGCGCGCCGCGCGCGCGCGGCACAUGCGGUUCAGCGAGGAGGACGCGGCGGAGCUUGCGCAGCUGCAGGCGUCGCUCACUGAGCUGCGCCACGCGCAGUCGGCGCGCGAUGCCGAGCAGAAGCGCAUGGCCGAGCUGAUCCCACGCCUCGCAAAGAGCGGCGCCGCGCCCGCUGACCUCGAGACACAUCGCCACCGUGCGCGGGAGCUGCGCGCCGAGCUCCGUGCGCUCGACAAGCGCGUGGCCGACGCACAGGCGCGCUCGCUGGCGGUCCGCAGCGCGUGGCCAAACCGCAUGCAUGCGGAUGUGCCGCACGGCCCGGAGUCCGUGUCGCGCGUCGUGACGAUCCGCGACGCUCGCGCCGAGGGAUUCCGAGCGCCGCUGCCUACCAUCGAUCUUCCGUGCACGGUCGCCGAGCUCGCUGCGAACGAGGCUAUGCAAGCGGCCCUGCCCUCAGACGCUCAGCGUGACCACAUUGCGCGCGCCCAGGCACUUUCGCACGGCACGAUCGAUAUGAUCUCGGGCAUCACCACGACCGGCCCAUCGUGGCCCUACAUGCUUGGCACCAUGGCCCUGCUGGAGCAUGCGCUUACGCAGUACGCGCUGCAUGUGGCCGUGCGCCACCACUUUACGCCGGUGUGCGUGCCGGAUGUGGUCAAGACCGAUGUCGCUGAGCGCUGCGGGUUCCGGCCGCGCGACGAGGCGGCGGCGCAGACCUACUUUGUCGACACGCAGCGCGAUGCAGAUGCACCAGCGCUCUGCCUGGCCGGCACGGCUGAGAUCCCACUCGCCGCGCUUGUCGCGAAGAACACGUACCGCGUCGGCGACGGCACACCGAAUGCGGGCGGCGACGUGACGCGGCAUGCGCUACCCGUCAAGCUCGUGGCCCUCGGCCACGCGUUCCGUGCGGAGGCAGGGGCGCGCGGUGCCGACACGCGGGGUCUGUACCGGAUCCACCAGUUUACCAAGGCCGAGCUGUUUGCGGUGACGACCGCCGAUGCGAGCGAUGCGAUGCUCGAGUCGCUGCGGCGCGUGCAGGAGGAGAUUGUCGCUGGCCUCGGACUCCUGUACCGCGUCCUGGACAUGUCGUCCGAGGAGCUCGGCGCGAGCGCGUACCGCAAGUACGACAUUGAGGCGUGGAUGCCGGGCCGGGGCGCAUGGGGCGAGAUCUGCUCCGCGUCCAACUGCACCGACUACCAGGCGCGGCGCCUCGCGAUCAAGUACAAGGACGGCAGGCAGAGCCACUAUGCCCACACGCUCAAUGCGACGGCCGCGGCCAUCCCGCGGCUCAUUGUCGCGCUGCUCGAGACUGGGAACAAGCUCGUGCUCCCUGCCUCGUUGCGUCCAUUUUGGCUGGGCGGCGCGGCCGACCCGCAUGUGCAGUGGGCCGAGCUGGCCCCCCCCUCGCUGCCGCACGCCGCGCCGGCGCCGACGCCGGCCGGCGCCGCUACCUCGCCUGCGCCGCGCGACGGUGCUCGCUCCGAUGCGCCGCCGCCUCGCUCCGCACUGGCUCGCGCACAGGCCAGGCUGCGUGCGCUCGCAAAGCGCACGGGCGCUGAUCCUGCGCCGCUCCUCGUCUCGUUCCUUCUGCUGCAUGAGCUCACGGCGAUCGUGCCGCUGGUGCUUCUGGCCGUGCUCCUGGCUGUCUUUGGCGCGGGCGAUGCGCUGCUACGUGCGCUCCAUGAGGCCAUCGCACGCAUGUGGCCGGCCGAGAGCAGCCUCCUCUCCGACUGGGUCUCGCGGGGCCGGCGCAUGGCCACGCGCAUGUGUGCGCGCUGCGAUGCGCUGCUGCCUCGCGAGUCCGGUGCGCCGGGCGCCGCGGUGUGGCUCACGAGCCUCACGGCCGCGUACGUGGCUGUCAAGCUUUUGUGGCCGGUCCGCAUUGCCGCAUCCCUCGCGCUCGCCCCCGCGACGGCGCGCCUGCUCCAGCCGCUGUGGCGCCGCCUGCCGGGCCUGCGCCGCCGUUCCGUCACGCCGUAG